GCUUCUUGUGUGAUUUCAUUUUUGUCUUGUUCGUGUCUAUCGCUUACGAAUUUUACAUCUUUCACGUUUUGCCUAUACAUUUUUGCUCACAAGGGUCUAAGAUGUUAUUGAUGCGGCAGUUCUUUCAUAAAAGAUGUACACAUGCGUGACUCAAGAGGACUUGUCAACUGACUCUACAGAGUUGAGGUGUGCCAAAAUGAUCUUGCUGUCAAAUUCGUGAACUGCAGCUAUGGAGUUACGAGAAGAAUUGAAGUCACGCAGAAAAGUAACCUGUUCAAGAAUGGGCUCCCUUCCACCCGCUCUGCUUGCUCGUCUCCAAAAACGAGGAAUUGUUCGAGCAGCCAAUGAGGAGGUUAUCGCGGAGAGCUACGAUUCAUCUGAUGCAAAAGACAAGAAGGCGAAUGAAGCAAAUUCGUCAGGGGCUCCAGGAUGUCCCAAUAAAUAUAAUCCGUACCAUCUUUGUACAGAGUAUUGCUAUGACCACUGGAGGGAAGGAACCCCAGAAAAUAGGCUGUCGGAAUCCUAUUUGCGCAAGCGCAAAAGAAUGCUCGCCAAGUUUCCGCUUCCUGAACCAUGGGUGGAGGUGUAUGACGCUGGUGUAGCUAGACACUACUAUUGGAAUCAGGACACUGAUGAGGUUUGUUGGGUAUCUCCUCGACAUCCUAUAGCUGUUAUUGGUGAAGCAGCACCACGAGUUGCGAAAGAGCUAAAGGAAAGAAUGGAGGGUUCUACGGUGGUUGACUCCCAUGAAAAGAGAUCGGAUCACUCGAAACCUCUGAAGUCUGCUCUGUCGAAGAAGAAAAGACGAAAUUCUGAUGAUUCUGAUGGUCACCGAGACAGAGGAGAAGAUAGUGACGAUGAUCCAUCAAAACUCGAAGAAAUGAGUGACCGAGACAGGCUAAAACGUGCCAGACGAAAAGGUCUCGAUCCUAUGGAUCCAGCAGCUUACGGAGAUGUAGAAGUUGGAAAAUGGUCUUCUGGUCUACAUGCACACGACAAGACGGGUGCAGACGUUACCGCUGGAGGACCUCUGUUCCAGCAACGACCAUACCCAGCUCCAGGAGCAGUUUUGAGGCAACAAAAGAAGAAAGGAUCCGAUGACGAAGACUAGGCAGGCGCGACAUUUUAUCUCACUUUUUUUCAGUGCUAGCAGAGGUUUAGCGCUUCUAUGCUAGCAGAGGUUUAGCGCUUCUAAUUCUUUGCAAGUUAAAGAGCAUUGCAAAAGUUUUCUCCUAUUAACAUACGAGUUUCUGCAUGAGCGAAGUACUGGCUCCUUAUCUUUGGCUGCACUCAUGCGCUUGGUCUCUUGUUAUCAGCAUAUGAACAUCCUUUGCUCCACAUUCUCUGAUUUGAACGAAUUUAUCGCUUAUUUGAAAUUGAAAGUAACAUAUAUCCAGUUUUCUGUUCCGAAUGUCCAGUUCAUCGUGAUGUUAUUUCCUGGUUUUGUCAAAACUUCCUUCAUCAAAUAAUUAAGUCACAAU